UAGCGGGUGACGAUACAGUCGGUAUAGUUUAGUUUCAUUGUUUAACUGGUUUAUUUUUAUCUACAAAUUACGACGGUUUCGCGUUGAUUUGUUUUGCACUUACGUAGCCAAUCUUGUAGAAAUAAAUGGAUUCAAAGAAAAAAGAGGACGAGAAAGAGAAAGAGAAAGAGAAAGAGAAAGAGAAAGAGAAAGAGAAGGAUGUCGUUGUUUAUGAAAAAGAUAUGGACAUGGCUGGAGCUACUCGGGGAGUUUGGUUGGUGAAAGUGCCGAAAUACAUUUCAAGUCGUUGGGAGAAAUGUCCUGGAAAUAUUACAGCUGGCCAACUGAAUAUUACCAAGGUGCAAGGACAGAAACCGCAAGUCAAACUGACUCUAUCAGAGGCUAUCAUGUGCCUCCAGGAAAAGGGAGAGGAACCCAUUCCAAAAGAACAUGGGUUGAUUGUUUCCACAAUUACCUCUCAGACUUUGGGUGUAUUUUCUCAGAAUACAACACCAGCAUCAUCAAAUUCACCCAUGGAAACAGAGAAGAUCUCAUUUGAAGGCAAAGUUGUCCAAAAAUUAGAAUGCAGACCGACAGCAAAUGCAAGUUACAUGAAACUGAAACGAGACUGUUUGAUCAAAGCUGCCCAACCCACCAGGAUAGUGAAGCAACUAGAUAGGGUUGUGCAGAGCUACAAGCCUGUGUCUGACCACAAGCAUAAUAAAGAAUUUGAAGAAAAGAAGAAAGCUGAAGGCAAGAAGGCCCGAGAUGACAAAGGCAAGGUUAUGGACAUGCUGUUUGCUGCAUUUGAAAAGCAUCAGUAUUAUAAUAUCAAGGAUUUGGUGAAAAUCACCAAUCAGCCUGUGACCUAUCUCAAAGAAAUUUUAAAAGAUGUUUGUGUCUAUAACUUAAAAAAUCCUCACAAAAAUAUGUGGGAACUCAAACCAGAAUAUCGUCAUUACAAAGACGAAGACAAAGAUUAGUGUCACAAACUUCUCAUAAAAUCUGUGAUUUGGGGGAAAUGAUCAACCAGUUGUUAGAUGCACACCAAGUUUAGCACAUUCACAAGUGUCUAAACUGCCCUCGAAAUUGGUUUGAUAAAUAAAUUGCCAUGUAUAUUUUCCUU